UCAGUUUUACCAUGUUGAUCUCAAGAAGUAUUAGUCAACUUUAAAGUAUUUGAUGUGAAUGAUAAAUGUGUAAAUAUUAAUAUUGACAAUCAUCAGCAAUAUUACAUUAACUCACUAAUAAACAGAAAUGAAUUGUUCCGUGAACUAUCUUAAUUAGGAAUUGUUUUUUAAAUUGUCAAAAGUUGGUUAUAGCGCUUCGCUUAACCUACAAUGAUAUCCGUUCGUUUAUGAUAGUUUUUAUUUAUGUGAAUAGUUAAUUUGAAACUUAGCAAAUAAAUCUAUGGAAUUCAGAAAACUGUAACACAGGUAAACCAUGGGGACUAUUUAAAAUAAUCAAUUUGAGACAUCAACGACUGAAAUCAUGACAAAGCUUGGAGUUUAUAUUUUUGUUUUGUUUUUAACUACUUUGUCUAUGAUAUUUGGUCUUUUACUAUUUACAAAUGGUUUUUUUUUACAUAAAGUUGCUAUAACCCAAACAAAUUUGUGUUCUGAUAAAGUCACAACUGAAAAUAAACCAGAUCGAUUGUCUACAGUUCAGAAAUGUUCAAAACCACGUUCUCGAAUUGUAUUAUUGAUUAUUGAUGCUUUAAAAUUUGAAUUUGUUGAGGACUUUCAUGAUGAAGCAUCAAAAAAUACAUUCCAUCGAAACAAAUUACCUAUUAUUUCUAAACUUUUGGGCAAUAAAAAAGACCAUUCAAAACUGUUCAAAUUCAUAGCUGACCCACCAACGACUACAAUGCAAAGAUUAAAAAGCUUGACAACUGGUACCUUGCCAACAUUUAUUGAUGUUCAAAAUAAUUUUGCAUCUGAUAGUAUCAAGGAAGAUAACUUUGUAACUCAGAACAAAAAAAAUGGAAAUAUUUUUAUGGGCGAUGAUACAUGGAUUAAUUUGUAUCCUGACACAUUUUUAAGAGCAUAUCCUUCUCCUUCAUUUGAUGUUAAUGAUCUUGAUACAGUUGAUUUAAAAGUAAAAGAUCAUAUAUAUCAUGAACUUGAAAAUGACGAUUGGACUCUAUUGAUUGCUCACAUGUUAGGUGUUGAUCAUUGUGGGCAUAAACAUGGUAUGCAUCAUCCAGAAAUGAGUAGAAAAUUGAAUGAGACAAAUUCUUUUAUUGAACAAUUGGUAAAAAGUAUAGAAAGUGAUGACAAAGAUACAAUGCUCUUUAUUAUUGGUGAUCAUGGAAUGACUGAAUCUGGAGACCAUGGAGGUGAUACAGUGGAUGAAAUUGAAACUGCUUUAUUUGCUUAUUCAACCAAACCUUUGAUAAAGGUACUAAAUGAUUCAACUAAAAAUAACAUAAAAACAGUGAAUCAGAUAGAUAUAGUACCAACAAUAUCAUUAAUUUUGGGGAAUGCUAUACCUUUUUCUAAUUUAGGAAACUUAAUAAUUGAAGCACUUCCAAACAAUAAUUUUAAUAAGAACUCAAUUCAAAAUGAUUUCAAUUUUAUAAUAGAUUCAUUAUGGAAAACUAUUUAUCAAGUUCAAAACUACAUUGAUAAAUAUUCUUCUGAAAAUUAUUUAUCCAAUAAAUAUCAAAUAGAUGAGCUCAAAUCUUACUACAACAAUUUGUUGGAAAAAUAUAGGUAUUUGAAUAAUGAAAAUGAUUUAACAGAUUUUGUUGAAGCAUCCAAAAAAUAUUUCACUACAAUAAAAAUAAUUUGUAAUGAAAUUUGGGUAAAUUUCAAUUUUACGUUGAUGUAUAGUGGAUUAGUGCUAUUUUCUUGUGCAAUGAUAAUAUUUUUUAUUAUUAUAUAUGGCCUAGAGUAUAAUCAAAUGCAUAAGUUGUUACAAUUUUCAUUUUUUAUGUACGUCCCAGUUGUUAUCUUAAUAACAUUUUUAACUUGUACAUCGCUUUACUGGUUAAACGUUGUGCAAGAUUUCAAAAAUACUAUCUAUUUUUGUUUGGGUAUUGUUCCUGUUUUAUAUCUCAGUAUACUAUUAAUUCAAAAUUGGAACUAUUUUUCAAAGAUGUGGUCUGAAGAAAUUACUCAUAAGAAAACUAUGAAGAGUAUUUUUCUAAAAAUAGUCUUGCUAACAAUCACUUUUGGUUUAUUUUCUAAUAGUUAUAUCAUUGAAGAAAAUAAUAUAUUAUUAUUCUUUCUUGUGUCAUUGAUAUUCUUUCACCUCUUUUCUAGUAGAGUAACUAGUUCCGGUGAAAAAAAAAAUAAAUUAUUUGCCAAAUUCAAUCAAAAAUCAAUUUAUAAUGUAGCAUUAACACUUUCCAUGGUUACUUUUAUCUGUUUAUUCCUUAGAAUUACUACAUAUUUUUGGAAAUACAGAGAAGAACAAAAACAUGAUCUUAAAGAAAUCUUUCCUAUUAAUUAUGUAAUAGGUAAACAAGCCUCAAUAGUUUCCACGAAUAUAGAAGUGACUCUGAUUUUGUCUGCAAUUGCAUUGCUCUCUGGGUAUGUAAUUCUAACAAACAUUUGGCUUCGUCGUUGUGGAAAUUUGGUUGGUUACUCAGGAAGUGAAAUAAUAGCUAGAUAUAUACCUAUCAUAAUGACUGUUAAAAUUUCCAUUUUCUGGUUAAUGAAAUUUCAGAACAAUUUAAUGAUUAAUAAAAUACUCUUGUACCGUAUUAGUUUUGUGCCUUCUAUCGCUUAUGCAUUAUUUAUUAUUUCUGUAAUAAUUAUAUUUUAUAAGCCAUUGAUGGUGUACUUAGUGCCAAAAAGAAAAGAAACUCUGAAUAUUUAUUCACAAGAAACUCUAGUACCUAAGCUAUUUGAAAAAAUGAAAUCAGAAAUGUACAAGAAGAAAGAAGAUGAUGAUGAUGUAGCAAUUAUUUAUGGUCUUGCAACAGUUUACAGUUCAUCCUUACUUCUAUUAUGUGUACUAUUUUGCAUCAUGAAUGUUUUAUUAUUGGGUUUUAUGAUAAGUCCUUGCAUAUUCUUUAUGAAUAUAAUCUGCAUAGGAUUGUUAUUUGUGAAUGCCAUAGAUAGAAUACAGUACUCUACAAGUAUUAAAGAAUUAAUGCACACUCCAAAUCAUGUGAUAUUAUGUUGGUUUCUUUUAUCAGAAUAUUUUUUUUAUGCCACGGGACACCAACCAAUAUUUUCAGCAAUUCAUUGGGAAGCUGGAUUUUUAGGAUUUGAUUCUUCUUUAGAACUUAACAAAAUUCGAGCAAUUUUAAUCGGUUUCAAUACGUUUGGUUCUUAUAUAAUAUUUGGUUUGAUGCUUCCACUCCUUAUAAUAUCACCAUUUACCAUCAAACUCAUCCCAGUUUUUGCAAAAUUGUCAACAACUUCUUUAUAUGAACCAAAUAAAGGUGAAAUGGAAAUAUAUCACAAUGAUAGAUGUUUUCAUUUGGAAAUUUUUUCUACUGCUGGGCGAUACAUACUACUGCAUGCACUCAGGGCGUUUGUUUGCAUGCUUGUUGCAACCGUCCAUAAACGACAUCUCAUGGUUUGGAAAAUAUUCGCACCAAAAUUAAUAUUUGAAGGACUUGGCUUUAUGGUCACAACUGCCAGUGUAACAAUCUCACUUUUAUUAUUGUUAAGGAUAGAAAACCAAAUCAAAAAACUCAUUUGUAAAUAAUUAUAAAUUUUUGUAAGUUUUAUAUGUUAAAGUAAAGUUGUUUUUAACGAAA